GAAAAGUUGGUGCCUCACCCGCUCGGCAAGGCAUCCACAUCCAAAAUUGCCGGCCGCAGAGAACCUCAACCUCGAAAAGCGAUCUCUACGAAAGCCGGUCUCUCACCACCUUCGACGCCAUCCAAUCCUCCACGGCCGCCAUGCUGUCGCGACAAGUCUUCCGCUCCCUCAGGGCCGCUGCCCCCCAGCGUGCCGCCGCUCUCAGCGUUGCUCCGGUCCGGACCUUUGCUGCCGCCGCCGCCAGCGAGCCCAAGGCUCCCAUUGCCGUCUUCGGUCUCGAUGGCACCUACGCCACUGCUCUGUACACCGCGGCCUCCAAGACUUCCACCCUCGAUGCCACCGCCAAAGAGCUCGCCAAGCUGGGCGGCAUCCUCGACAAGGACGCCAAGCUGGGCAGAAUCCUGUCCGCUCCCACCCUGACCCCCGCCGACAGGUCUGCGAUUGUUGCCGAGCUCGUCAAGCAGGCCGGUGCCAGCGGCGCCACCCUCAAGAACUUCCUCGACACCCUCGCCGAGAACAACCGACUGGGCCUCCUGAAGGGCGUCACUGAGAAGUUUGGCCAGAUCAUUGCUGCUGCCCGUGGUGAGGUUGAGAUGACUGUUACCAGCGCUCAGGCUCUUGACCCUAAGACUCUGUCUCGUCUGGAGACUGCCGUUGCCAAGUCCUCCUACGUCGGCCAGGGCAAGAAGCUCAAGGUCACCAACGCUGUCAACCCCGAGAUUGUUGGUGGACUCAUUGUCGAGGUCGGCGACCGAACCAUCGACCUCAGCGUCUCCGCCCGCAUCGCCAAGAUGAACAAGCUCCUCACUGACAACCUGUAAUUUAUUCAUGUAUAAAAAAUAUUAAAACAAGAAUCCCCUUUGUUGAACUUUUCUUUUGCCUCAACUAAAGGGUUAAAAAAGCUCAAUUUUUCUUAACCAACGAAGCCCCCCACCAAAACAUGUAUAGAGGUUUUUUUGAGCUUGGGACAAGAAGUGAUGCGGAGGUAUUUUUUCGGGUGGUUUGUAUGCGUCCAUAUUUUAUCUGGGAGGAGGGGGC